AUGCUCGAAUACAUCGCAUACCGGAAGUUCAAGAAGAACCGGGACCAGAAGGUCGCAGAGAGGGCAAAGCUUCAAGACGAAGCGGAAGCAGCCCGGUCGCGAUCCAAAUCACCGCCAGGGUCAGGUCCUGUCCUGACGGACGACGAGCAGCUCUUCCUCGAGAGGCUCACGUCUGAGGACGGCUAUUCCGACGAGAAUGGAAAGCGACCCCCUCUGCCCCCAAGGGUCAAAACACCCGAUAUCUCAUGGGACAGCGACAACGAUAGCUAUGUACGAAACAACGAUGUCGAGGUCAGCGGAAAGGGCAAGGGCAAGGAGAAGCCCAGCGAUGGCAGCAAAGGCGAUGGCAAACAGGCCUCUCGCUUCUCGUUCCUCACGCGCAAGACCGGCAAGAAGGAUGACCUCCAACCCACCAAUCUUGCGGUGCCGCACGACGAAGAAGAGCGCGAGAAAGAUGACAUCAACAAGGUCCUCGACGACCUGAAUCUGUCCGCUCGCAACAACAAGACGUUCUCUCUGUCCAAGGAGUCUGCAGAGAUGGUCGGACUGUUUACGGUCGUCCUGAAGGACUUGGUAAACGGUGUUCCCACCGCCACCAAUGACCUAAAGAAGCUCUUUGAAGACCACGACGGCACACUGGCAAAGAACUACGAAAAGCUGCCCAAGAGCAUGCAGAAGAUGGUCACCACCCUUCCGAACAAGGUCACCGGCGCCCUUGCGCCGGAGCUUCUGGCCGUGGCUGCGGAGUCACAGGGGUUGAAGGGAGACGAUGCGCCUAAGGGGGGUAUCAAAGACCAGGCCAUGAAGCUCAUAAUACCUAAGAACGUAUCUGAGCUGGUGACCAAGCCUAGCGCGAUCAUUGGGAUGUUGAAGGCUAUCAUGAACUUUCUCAAGGUGCGGUGGCCGGCCUUCAUCGGCACAAACGCCAUUUGGAGCAUUGCACUCUUCCUACUUAUGUUUGUGCUCUGGUACUGCCACAAGCGCGGUCGCGAGGUUCGGCUCGAACGCGAGAAGUCUACCGCCUCCGUCGAGGCAGGCAGCCGAAUCGAGGAGCUCUCGGACGGCGACUCUGUAGUCGAGUCGCGCAGCGGGCGAGCAUCCCCGAAGCGCAUCGAGAGCUCCGGGGCGAGCUCGCGUAGGAAGUAG